AAGAGACUCUUUGGUGGGACUUUUUUUCUGUUACAGCAUCUGGGUCCGUUGGAUUUCACACCUAUAUAGCCUCUUGCAUUGUUUUCCCCUCUUCUCGGGUCUCUACAGCUGAGGAAAAAGGAAGGAGAGAGAGAGAGAGAGAGAGAGAGAGAGAGAGAGAGAGAGAGAUGGCUAGAGACUUCAUGCCCACAUUAGCAAUGGUCCUUGUGCAAUUAGGCUUUGCUGGAUUGAAUAUAGUGUCGAAGCUGGCAAUGGAUGACGGCAUGAAUCCUUUUGUGAUGGUGGCUUACCGUCAGAUCUUUGCCGCCGUUUUCACGGCUCCGUUUGCUUAUUUUUGGGAGAGGAAGACGAGAUUGAAGAUCACACGGUCUAUCCUUUUUCAGAUUUUUCUAUGUUCUAUAUUCGGGUCCACCAUGAACCAGUGCUUAUAUUUUCUAGGGCUCAAAUAUUCGACGCCCACAAUUACAUGCGCAUUGAGCAACUUACUCCCAGCGAUCACCUUCGUCAUGGCUGUUCCUUUCAGGAUGGAGACCGUUGGAAUCAAGAGACUUUCAGGGCAGGCUAAGGUUAUAGGAACAAUAUUAUGUGUGGGUGGUGCCAUGUUAAUGACAUUUUACAAGGGAAAACUCGUUAGAGUAUGGGAAUCAGGCAUGCAUUGGAGAUACGCAGAGAAUAUGAGUCACAACAAUUCCAACAAUGAGGAGAACAUGGUCCUUGGCUGUGCAUUAGUUGUUGGUAGUUGCUUUUCUUGGGCAGCUUGGUUUAUAAUUCAGGCCAAAAUGAGCAAGUCCUUUUCAUCUCCUUAUACAAGCUCUUCAGUAAUGUGUUCCAUGGCAAGCAUCCAGUGUUUGGUCAUUGGAGCAUGCGUUGAAAGAGACAUUUCCGAAUGGGCGCUCGGUUGGAACAUCAGACUUACUGCAGCGGCAUAUACUGGAAUUGUGGGCUCUGGAAUCUCUUUCUCAUUGAUGACAUGGGCCAUACAUAGGAGAGGUCCGCUAUUCGUCUCGAUGUUCAGCCCUUUAUUGCUUGUAAUCGUGGCCAUAAUUGGAUGGGGACUCUUAGAUGAAAAAUUAUAUGUGGGAAGUGUUGUAGGGUCUGGUGUGAUAGUUGGAGGGUUGUAUGCUGUCCUUUGGGGAAAGGGAAAGGAGCUAAAGGAAGUUAGCAGUGUUAGUGGGAAGACCGUAAAAGAAGAGCAUGAGGAGGGAGGUGGUAGUGUUCUACCCUUGUAUUGUGAUGCAAUUCAAGAGGGGAAUGGUGGGAGUGAGGGCUCAAAGGAAGUGAGGGUUACUCAAGAUACACCUGCUGUCCUUUCCAUUGAUUUCUCAAGCUAUGGUCACUAGAGAUGAGAGAUGAAAGGUUAGGAUGAUGGGGUUCUUGUAAUAUUUGUUCUCUUUUGAUCACCAUGAUGUUUGUAUGAAGCAUGAGAGAUAACCUCUCUCUCUCUCUCUCUCU